AUGGAGGUGCGCGGUGAGUGCUCUCCCGCCGGGGAGUUCCCGCCCCGGGCGGUGUUUGAGAAGGGAUUUGCCGCUAGGGCUGUUGGCCCCGAGGUGGCUGGGUUCAAGGACCCGCGACUUGCCGAGGACCCCGGAAGGACGGGGGGGGGUGGGCGGCAGCCUCCACGUGGGACCCGGUCUCGGGGAGUCCCUGAGAAAGGCGGAAUGAUUGAAGUUUGGCCCCGAGAAGUGGAGCCGGUAGCUGGGGGGUGGGGUGUGCACGAAAGUUCUGCCGUGCUGCUCCUGCUGUCCUUGCUGCUUCCUCUGGGCCUCCCAGUUCUGGGCGCCCCCCAACACCUCAUCUGUGACAGCCGAGUCCUGGAGAGGUACAUCCUGGAGGCCAAGGAGGCUGAAAAUGUCACGAUGGGCUGUGGGGAAGGUUGCAGCUUCAGUGAGAAUAUCACCGUCCCAGACACCAAGGUUAACUUCUAUGCUUGGAAGAGGAUGGAGGUUGAGCAGCAGGCUGUGGACGUCUGGCAGGGCCUGGCCCUGCUCUCAGAAGCCAUCCUGCGGGGCCAGGCCCUAUUGGCCAACUCCUCCCAGCCAUCUGAGACCCUGCAGCUGCGUGUGGACAAAGCCAUCAGCGGCCUGCGAAGCCUCACUUCCCUACUUCGGGCGCUGGGAGCCCAGAAGGAAGCCAUCGCCCUUCCAGCUGCAACAGUCUCUCCUGCUCCACUCCGAACAUUCACUGUUGAUACUUUGUGCAAACUUUUCCGAAUCUACUCCAAUUUCCUGCGAGGAAAGCUGAAGCUGUACACAGGGGAGGCCUGCAGGAGAGGGGACAGGUGA